GGGAUUUUUAUAACUGUUAAGAUGGCCAUGCAGAGCCUUCGACUAGCCAAGGCUCGGCCAUUGUUUUCUUCAGGAAGGCGUGGCGCUUCCACUUUUUGCACCAGGGCCAUCGCAAAGCAAGGCGAUUACUGCCAGGUGCAUUACACAGGAACUCUCGAUGAUGGCUCGGUCUUCGAUUCAUCUCGCGGACGCGAUCCUCUAGAAUUUGUCAUCGGGGCCGGCAAGGUUAUUAAAGGUUUUGACCUGGCAGUGACAGGCCUGGCCGUAGGUGGCACUCGGAAACAGCGCAUUGAGCCGGCCGAGGCAUAUGGGGAGGCUGACCCAAAUGCCGUGAUCUCCUUCCCCAUCAGCCAGGCGCCAGAUGGACUCGAGCCUGGAGUCAAGGUUCAGCUCUCCAACGGUAUGAUUGCGACUGUCAAGUCGGUGGACAAGGAAAAGGUGACGUUGGACCUCAACCAUGAGUUGGCGGGGAAGCCGCUCACGUUUGAUGUGGAGCUGAUGAAGUUGGUUCCCUCGGAGCGGCUCCAGCGGGCCACCUUCGCGGCGGGUUGCUUCUGGGGCCCCGAGCUGGCCUUCCAGCGGGUGCCCGGAGUGCUGUCCACGGAGGUGGGCUACUCGAACGGCAAGACCGAGAACCCCACGUACGAGGACGUGUGCGGAGGGGAUACGGGGCAUGCGGAGGUGGUGCAGGUUAUGUACGACCCUGAGGAGGCGUCGUACGAACGGCUUUUGGAGGAGUUUUGGGCCCGGCACAACCCCACGCAGCUGAACCGCCAGGGCAACGAUGUGGGAACCCAGUACCGUAGCGCCAUCUUCACACACACGGCGGAGCAGCUCGAGGCCGCCCUGAAGAGCAAGGAGGUGAUACAGGCCAAGUUCAAAGAACCCAUCGUGACUCAGGUGGAGCCCAUUGAGAACUACCACCCCGCCGAGCCCUACCACCAGCAGUACCUAGCCCGGGGAGGGAGGUUCGGACGGCCGCAGAACUCGGCCAAAGGGUGCAACGACCCCAUCCGCUGCUACGGCUAAGUAUCUUUUGGAUUCGAUGGUCCAGUCCUGCCUGUUGGGUUAGGCACAGCGCCAUGGCAGGGAUAGCACACCGCUUGUGCGGUCGUUGUGAUUGGAGCUGUUGGAUGGAGCGGUUUUUUUUGCGUUGUUGUAAAGCUGCACAAGCGGCUGUUCUGCUGCAUGCUGGUGGGGAGCGCUGAAACAGGGCGCUGUAAUCGUGUUAGAAUCCUCUGCGUUUUGGAAGAGGGGGUUGCUGCAGCGAUUGUGCCGGACUUGGCUCGGUGAUUGUGCAAAGUCGUAGGAGCAGCGUGUCCAUUGGGUAAUCGGACAUUAUCGUGCAGGUAGACACCGGUGUGCAGGUCGUUUGGCGGGGGAGGUGUUGAAGGCAUGGAUAUUAAAGCGAUGCUGAUUUUCGAAAGCGGUUUGCGUAGCGUGUGGUGAACGGAUAGGAUUUAACCCGGGUUUAGCAGUCACGUUACGGAGCGUUUUUGGCGGCUUUUGUUUUUUCCUCGCUCUAGCUGUUGAGUUAUAUGGCAACUCUACUGGAAACAAAACCAUUACGCAACCGCGAUUAUGUAAACUCACAUUUACCC